AUGAGGCGGUAUGAGGAAGUGGAUGUCGUGAAGGCAGCUGAGGUGUAUUUCAAGAAGUUUGACAUCCGCUCUUUGCUGACGGAGAUCCUCAUAAAGCUUGGGCGUGAGCAGCCGCAGGAUCCCGUAAAUGCUAUCCGAGCUCAAUUGGAUGCAAAACUUGCCAAACAGGAUCGAACAGGGCCACAUGACAUUGAACAUUUGCCCAGCUGUUCGUCACCUGUGGUGCCGGAUGCAGAUGAAGAACAUGAUGCUGAUGACACCUUACUUCAGGUAGACCUGCUGCAACUUCUUAUUUAUGAGAACUUUCCCGCCAAGGGGAAUGCUGGCGAAAAUCUUUCCAGACGCAUGGCGUGGGCUGGAGGCUUCAAUCGAAGCGUGAUGGAGAAUUGGGUGCCUCAACCCUCUCCGUGUUGCGCAUGCGCUUCUGUUGCUGGAGCUUUCAAUGCAUUGUGGCAGCUUGAGAGGGCUUCACCAAACUCUUGUGCAAUUAGGGAGGUGGCAGACUUAAUGGCAGCAAAUUGUGAACAGUUGCAGCUGCAGAAGCAGCAGCGCCUAGAGAGGCUCCUCAGCCUUCCAGAGGGCGCCUUUGAAGAAUUCUAUGAUUCCUUGGAUGAAGAACUGCAAAGGAAAGGGCUGAGCUGGACAGGCAGAGGCGCCAAGGGCGUGACGAAGGCCACAGCCAUCUCAACUGCGAGACAGGUAGCGAACCAGUUUGGCCAAUCUCCCAGCUGUUUUGAUGAUGGAUUUUGUCAAAAAGCCAGUGCAGUGAUGGCAGUGAGCGAGCCAGGAUGCAAAGACCAAAGUCAUGAAGCCUUGUCACCAGAGACCCUACCACCAGCUGCUCGUCAGGCCUUGCCGUCAGGCAGAUCAGACAUUUUUGAGGCAUUGCGCGAAGUGCUUGGUGAAGACAAUGCGCAGGCACCUGGCGAAGCUGAAGAGAACGAGGAGCAAGAAGAAAUACACCUUUUGCCUCAUGAAGGUUUGAACUGGAAGAAAGAGCUGUCAGAGUUGCUUUCAAAGCGACAAGGCGUUCUCAGGCUGCGGGCGGAGCGGCCAAAUACUGCAGAUGUUGGAAGCUUUGGCGUGCGGCAAGCGGCAGAACAAUUGGCCAUUGCGCGAAAGACGGAGCCGAUCAAAGUUACCACUCUGCUGGCCCGAAAGGGCAGUGUGAAGUCCAUCGGAGCUCCGUUGACCAAAUCUGACACAGAGGCAGAGGUGCACAAGCAGUGGUGUCUUUUGAAGACGGCAUUCAGUACACCAAGCUGCGUUCUCCUUUUCCAUUUGACCAACCAUUAUGCGCUGGUGUUCGCAUGGCGGGAGUGGCAGGAUGCCCAGGACACUGAGCAUGCCCCUUGCCUCCGCCGGCAGAUCUUGACGGCGCGGCGUGGGCAACGGCCUGGCGCAUGGAUGGACUUCGAGGAGGUUAGGAGGAUCUUGCUGGGUUGGACAGGGUAUCAUUUGCUGUCGCUACGGCGAGUUAGAAGCUCCGAGCCAGCCCGUGAAGUGGCGGGAAGUUUAUGUCAGGACCCGCCUUCCGCGCAAUAG